AUGCUGCUUCUCUCCCACGUCGUGGCGCCGUCCUUCUCCUCCGCGCCCAUAGUGGGGCGUCGCCUCGAGCUGAACAAGGACACGGUCCACUGGGGCUACUUCUCCCAGCUUGAGCAGCCCAAGGAGACUCCUUCUCCCGCAGCACCUGCGCCUCUCACCUCGAACGCCCUGCUCCCCCCGCCGCACUCCUGCCACAUGACGGUCGCUUCCGGCGAGACGGUGACCGUCGAGAUGGCCUCGCACCACGCCUGCGACGACUACGACAAGGCGAGCCCGCUGCUCCAAGCCUGCGCUCACCCUUGA